AUGGGCACUAGAGCCCGUGGAAGAAGUUCUGUCCAUGGUCACCUGCAGCUUCAACCCAGUAUCGACGGCUCUUUUUCUGCUCGCAGCUCGACAUCUUGUGCGAGUGGUAGCGCAAACGACGCCAGGCACCAAGGAUCUGCCAUCGUGCUCGCGGACGUGCACACAAACCGCCGCAACGGCCGCAGGAUGCUCGCUGACGGAUACACCUUGCCUGUGCAACAACCACGGCUUUUCAUUCGCCGUCAUCCAAUGUUCGAGCUCGUUCUGCUCUUCGAUUCCGUCAACGUCCCCUUUUUCGAUCCCUUCCACCACCACCACCACCACCACCUCCACGCCCUCGGGAUCCCAAUCAUCGGUGUUCACAAUCCAAACCUCCUUGCCACCCUAUCCUUCACCCUCACCCUCACCCUCUUCUAUCUCAAGCAGCACUUCUUCCAGCUUCGUUAUCACUGCACCGACGCUGGGAACAACGACUAG